UUGCUGUCAAGGACCUUCUGACAAAAAAUUGAUUUGGAAUAUAAAGAAUAAAAAUAAUUUGCCAUUGGAAUUAUCGAAAACAGAAACGAAACGUGAAAAAAAAAGAAAAAGAAUAAGUGACAGUGGAAAGUCCAUGAGCUUGGCAGCCGAAGAAUGUGAAGAAAUGGAGUUCAAAAUUGGACAAAAGAGGUCGAGAAAAGAGCAGUACACGGAAGCGUUAUUAAAGAAAAAUAAAAGGGAAGAAAGCUGAUAAUCGAUAGCUGACAGACCUCGAUAAUACGCGACCAGUUGAACAAUAGGCACACUCUCCUGCUCAAUAUUAUUUCAUUUAUAUUAAAAGCACAAAAACAAUUUCACAGUGCUUCCAUUUAUUUAAUUUAAUAAAUUUUCCAUUAUUCGAAUUAUAA